GAGAAAAGAGGCUUUGAAUUUUCCCUUCUUCUGCUUCAAGUGCCAAUCCUCUUGGGACACCUGAGCCUGCUAUGCCAACCGAACUCCCCCACAUGGUGGGAAUGCAUGACAUCUCCGACUUCCCCUCCUCGCUGACAGCACGGCUUCUCCACAAGGGCCCAGAGUACCUUCGCAAGCAGAUGGAGGCAGCCAACCCCAGCAGGAAGAGCGCCGUGGAAAGGCUGGCGGCAGAUAAGGCCAAGUACGUGAAAAGCCAGCAAGUCAUCAGCAGGAAGCAGGUGCCGGCCAUCUCCCCCAGCUCGGCCUCUGAGAGCAGCAGCAGCAGCAGCAGCAGCGAGACUUGCUCAGAGGGAAGCAAGAAGGCCGGGCUCCCAAGGGAGGAGAAGGGCCCGGCGGCCACAGAGCUCAGCCCAGCAGCCCCGCAAGGCGGCCCUCCCAUUGUGAGGCGCAACAGUGGUAAGCGGCAGAUCCGACCAGAUUCCUUGGUGAUCUAUCGUCAGAAAUGUGAAUUCGUCCGAGGCCAAAGCCAGGAGAAUCCUCGUGGAAGUUUGGUCCGGAGGCUCUUCCAGGGUCCCUUCAAGGAAAAGCAGCCGGUCUCUGAGGUGUCCAAGGUUGUCCUCAAGGAGGAAACCACCCCUGAAGUGGAAGGGACUCUUUUGGGCAAAGACACGGGACACAGCCAUGAACUAGAAGGACAGAAUUCACCCGCAAAGGCAAGCCCAAUGCCCUUCCCGGCCAGCAGAUGCAAAAAUGCCCUAAAGGGCCCUUCACCCCCUUACGAUGCAAAGGAGAUGAGGCAGAAGGGUCUCCAGAGAUCUCAAUCGGACAUCAGUUCGCGAUAUUCAAAGUCCUUCUCUGAAUUUGAGACAUUCUUUAAGAACUGUGGCCUUGAACCUGAAGUAAUAAAAGAUUUGGGCCAAGAGAAUUUUUCGGUGGCUUCAGACAACCUCUCCUUCCAUCUGCACAGCAUCAACGGGGCAGCGUCUGAAAGUGACUUCACGAGGCCCAGCGAUGAGGAGGGACCCCUGGAGGAAGGGCUCCCGGAACAGGCCCCCAGCGGCACCUCUGUGGUUGAACGCAACGCUCGGAUAAUCAAGUGGCUGUACAUGUGCAAGAAAGCCAGAGAGGCUCAUGUGGUGGUGCAAGGCUUGGCCUAAGGAUUGCUGCCUUCACAGGGACCCCCAG